UUUAAUAUGAGCAGGCAAGUCCCUUUCAGUACUUAACGAGCAACUCUUAGAAACACAAAGUUUGAAAAAUGAAAUUUUUUUUUUGUGCUUUAUUCUUGCUUUUUUCGGUCUCACAAAUCCAAAGUGCAAAGAUUUUGGGAGUCUUUCCAUAUCCUAGCAAGUCACACUCGAUUUUGGGACAGUCAUUGUUUGUUGAACUUGCUAAGAGAGGUCAUUCAGUGACUUAUCUUAGUCCAUUUCCAUUCAAAAAGCAGCCACAUGAAAAUUAUAAGGAUGUCGCUAUCACGUCUCAAGACUUAUUUGAUGCAUUUAAUGAGGAAGUAGAUGGGUCAUUUGAUGCUACAGAUGUUAACCCAUUCAUAAUGCUUAAAUAUUGGAUUGAAAAUAUAGCAAGAAUGCAAAAUAGUGUACUUAGUGACACAGCUGUUCAGAAAUUGCUUAAAUCAGACGAGAAAUUUGAUUUGUGCAUUAUCGAAUUUUUAAUGAAUGAAAGUUUGUUGGGCUUUGGCGCUCAGUUUGGAUGUAAAAUUAUCGGAAUGAGUACAUUAGGGCAGGUUAAGUACAUUAAUGAUAUGAUUCAUGCUCCAAUGCCGUUGUCAACUGUUUGCCAUCCAUUCUUAAGCUUCACUGACAGAAUGAGCUUCUCAGAACGAAUGGAAAAUGUGAUAACAACAGUUUUUGAGGACUUAAUGUUCUAUGUGUAUCAUUAUCCACUUCAAGGUCAAAUUUACGAUAAAUACUUCAAAGCUGAUAAGCCAUCAUUCAGACAUAUGCUGAGACAUUCAAUGUCAUUAGUGCUUUUAAAUACUCAUUAUAGUUUGAAUUAUCCACAAGCUUAUCUUCCGAAUAUGAUCGAAAUUGGAGGUUUCCAUGUCAAAAACUCAACUAAUCCUCUACCUAAAGACAUAAAAGAAUUCAUCGAAUCAGCUCAGCAUGGAGUUGUCUACUUCUCGCUUGGUGGAAAUCUACGACCAUCGAAAAUGAGCGCAGAAAAGAAGAAGCACAUAAUCUCAUCGCUGACAAAAUUAAAGCAAAAAGUUAUUUGGAAAUGGGAUGAGGAACUUGUUGUAGAUGAAAAGAGGAUUAUGGUCAGAAAAUGGCUGCCUCAAGAUGACAUCCUUGCACAUCCAAAUGUGAAAUUGUUUGUGACUCAUGGAGGGCUACUUAGUGCUACUGAAUCUAUUAUGAGAGGAAAGCCAAUUGUUGGAAUCCCAAUUUUCGGUGAUCAAAUGAUGAAUAUGGCAAGAGCUGAACUACUCGGAUGGGGUGUUCAAGUAUUAUUUACAAAUCUAACAGAGACUUCCUUCACAUGGGCUUUAAAUGAAGCAUUAACCAACAAAAAGUAUCAAAUAAAUGUCGAUAAAAUCAAGAAUCGCCUUCUCGAUCAGCCUCAAAUGCCAAUGGAGAAAGCAAUGUUUUGGAUUGAGUAUGUGAUUAGGCAUGAAGGAGCUCAUUUCAUGCAAACUUCUGCUCAACAUUUAAGCUAUAUUGAGUAUAAUAAUUUAGAUAUUUAUGCUGUGAUACUUGCGAUAGCAUUUUUAGUGAUUUUUGUCCCUAUUUGGUGUAUUGGAAAAAUUGUAAAGAAAAUUUUCUGUAAAACAUGUUUGAAAACGAAACAAAAGCAAUCGUAGAAAGCUUUGAAUACAAAUUUUAAUUGAUUGAUGUCAGAAAAUAAAGGUUGAAGCCGGUUGAAAAAUAU